AUGUCCAUCCCGUUUGGUCUCUUCGGCGGCAACCCGACGCGGCCUCGCAUCCAGCUCUCGCCGGCGCCCCCGCCGCUCGCGCUCGAAGAGUAUGACGAAAACGCCUGCGACUGCGACGCGGAGACCCUCUCUCCGCACUCGGGGCCCCACUCCGCCCACCGCCAUCUUGCCACUCGCACGCCCUUCUUCUCGUCCGCCCCGCCCUCGCCAGACCUCAGCGCCAUCGCCGCGGACAGGCCGUCCAACCGCUCGCUGCUCUAUGCGCACCCCAGCUACCCCGCAGGCUACGUGCACUCGCCGUAUUCCACGGCCUCAAACACGCCCGUGCCCUCGCGUACGUCUUCGCCCAUACCUUUCUACUCGUCCGGCGCGUCGUCCUGCAGCUCAGAGAGCGAGAGCGAGCUCGAGGACGCGCCCUUCUCUAGCAGAAGAGGGCACAGGCAUCCGCAUUCGCAGUGGCGGGAGGAGCGCAGGCGUUGGUGGAUUACGGGCGCGGUUCGGCGACGCCAGCGGCGAGAGCGCAUGGGUGGCUGGAGGACGCUCAAGAGAGGUGUGCGCCUUCUCAUUCGACAUCCAUUCUUUCCCAAAACACCCACUACCAUAUUGCUUACCCUCCUUCUCCUUACUAUUUUUGGCGUGUCGCUCACGUUCCUGAUAAUCUACAUCCUGAAUCCCGACAAGGAGCCUCUGCCAUGGCGCGGCUACUGCACCAUCCCCCGGCUCUCGACCGCACCACCGUCCUACGACCUCCCCACCACCGCCUCCUUCCCGUUCCAUCCACCAGCUAACUUCACCCCCCCGGAUUUCCCUCCGCCAGAUCUGGAUAUGCUACCGCCAGCAGGCGUGUUCGUCGGUGUCUUCUCGAUGGACAACGCUGUCGAGCGCAGGAUGUUGAUUCGCUCGUCAUGGGCGAGUCAUCAGCGCAGCCGCGCAGGCGCGGGAGAGGGCGAUAGCGCAGCGGGCACCUCGCGCACGGUCGUGCGGUUCAUCCUCGGCCAGCCGCGCAAGGAGUGGGCACGCCGGAUUAGACUGGAGAUGGAAAUGUACAACGACAUGAUCAUCCUGCCCAUCUCGGAAAACAUGAAUGACGGCAAGACGUACGCGUACUUCUCGUGGGCGUCGCUCGGCGCGUGGGUCCCGCCACUCUACUUCGACUCAUUCGACGCGUUCGCGCAUGGCUUCUCGUACGAGAACGCGACACACUUUGCGCCCGUGCCUGCAGCACACGACCCCGCCCUCGCGCGCCACGACUACGCGUCCGGCAACCCACAGCGCUGGGUGCGCCCGGAUUAUGUCGUGAAGACAGACGACGACUCGUUCGUCAUGCUUGCGGAGCUCGAGGCGCGUCUCCGUGUCGAGCUGCACGCGACGCAGGAGGAGCACAACGGCACGCGCGACACGCCAUCAUCAUCUCAAUCCGCCGCGUCCUCGGCCGGGCGUUCCACCUCCGCGACCUCGGGCUCUGAGCCCGUGCAGGCGAUGGUGACCUCCACGCAGUCGCCAGCCACGACCCCGUCCGUACCCGAUGCAGGGUCCAACACGGAUCCGCUGAUCUUCUGGGGCUACCUCGUCAAGAAUCGCUUCAUGGCGGGGGAGCUGUAUGCGCUCUCGUGGAGCCUGGUCGACUGGAUCGCGCACGACCCGCAGGUCGCGGAGAUGAAGAGGGGCGCGGAGGACAAGCAGACGAGCAAGUGGAUGCGGCUGCACCCGCGUGCCGACGAGGUGCGGUGGGCGAGCGAGCGGUGCUGGAUCUACGACCACCCACGAGCAGGGACUGUGUACUCGCAUGGGUUCCUCUAUCCGUCUGAGGCGCGGAGAGUGCAGCGGAGCGUCAUGGAUGACCUUGCGCGCGUCGCACCCGCAGAGGUUGCUGCACAGACAGCUGGUGCCAUCGAGUCGCCCUUCGGCCCCAAUGCACCGAUUCCGGCGAACUGGGCACGCUCAACGGUCUCCAAGUUCGGCACGCGCUAUAACCCGCCAUUACCAUAUCUGAGCCAGCAAGCCAGCAUCGAGGCCCUCGUCGAGGGCAGCGAGAUGAGCAUGUUGACAGAGGGGAGUGGUGUCAACCCGUGGACAGUGUGGCAGCGCCGCGAAGGCCGCAAUACACGUUAUGAGAACAAACGUGUCGGCGGGACGGUCGUCGUGCACUUCAUCAAGAAGAACAUGUGGUUCCUCGAGACGGCCGCCGCGCUGCUCCUCGGCGAGGACAAGACGGAGAUGGAGCGCGGAUACCACUGGGCGCAAGAUGCAUAUGUCGGCCCGUCGACGUCGGAGCAGAAGGCGAUCGCCGACUCGGAAACGAGCACUGGCACGGACCAGCGCCUGGUCCAGACGAACGUCCCGCGGAAACACCGGCGGCGGUAG